UCUCUCUCGAGCGUGCGCGCGCUCUAAGUAGCCUACGUUCCAAAUGAUGUUUUACGGUAAGAUAACGUUCACGUUAGAUCUGCUGCAUGAAGGAGAGUAAGAGGAAACCUGUGUCCUGCUUUUAUAUUUGAUAAAUCCAUCUCAUCUCACAGUUUCAAUGCACGAUCCGAAUAAUAGUUUCUUAUUUGUUAGUCAACUCUGCAAAAACAUUCGGGGCUAUACUCAAUACGCUUUGUUGAAAAAGACGCGGGUUUCGUUUCUCAGAUACAAUUACAUCCGCUUUCAUAAAACGAAAACGUAGCUAACGAAUAUAGCCAAAGAGUAUACUCUUUGACAUAGCCUAGGUUUCGUUUCCUGUGAUUCCUGCGUUUCUUUUCCUAGUAAAUGCAAACCACUGAGUGCUGACGUAGGGCGGAGCAUCCAUGUAAUAAAAACAAAACGGUCUUGGAGUGAUGAGAUGAGAGUGAUCACCGAUGGACAUCUGCUGAAAUCCACGACAGAUUGCCGACAAGUUACAGGUUCAAUGAGCUGAUGAAAGAUGAGUGCUGUCAGAAAAGGAAGGAGAAAAAAAAAUACAUUUGGUGCAACAUCUCCACCUUUUAUAGACUACUUGAAAGAUAUCCUCAGGAGAUAUCCAGAUGGAGGACAAAUAUUAAAGGAGCUGAUACAGAAUGCAGAUGAUGCUGGAGCUUCUGAUGUGGUGUUCAUUCAUGAUGAGAGGACGUAUGAGAAGAACAGCCUGUUGAGUGAAGACCUUGGAAAGUAUCAAGGUCCUGCCCUCUAUGCAUUCAACAAUGCUGUCUUUACUGAAGAAGACUGGCAAGGCAUUCAGGCCACAGGGAGAAGCGUCAAGCGCAAUGAUCCAAACAGAGUGGGGAGAUUUGGGAUUGGAUUCAAUUCAGUCUAUCAUAUUACAGAUAUGCCAUAUAUAUUCAGUUCCAAAUACCUCGGGCUGCUGGACCCACAGGAGAAGAUAUUUGGAGAUGGAGAGGGAGGUUACAGAUGGUCUCUGGAUGAUGAUGAAGACAGAAAUGUCCUUUUCACCUCGAGAGAUCAAUUUCAACCCCUUCGAGACAUUGUCAAACAAGUCAGUGACAGCACAUGGGAGAAAACCAUAGAAGAGGAUCAGUUUUUCAAAGGGACUCUUUUUCGGUUUCCAUUGCGCUGUGAAUCCUCAGAGAUUUCCGAUAACUUGUAUGAUUCAGACAAAGUUGUUCAGCUUUUUGACAGUUUCAUUGCAGAUGCAGAGAUUAGCCUUCUUUUCUUGAGACAUGUGUCUAAUGUCUCCCUGAUGCACAUUGACCCUUGUGGAUCUGUAGCCGUAAAACUUAAAGUAUCCUUGUCAAGCUCCCCAGCAAGUUUAGAAUCAGGUGACACUGACAAGCCCCCAGAGGGGUCAACGGUGUUUAAAAACAUUUCUUCUGCUUCACUUAGUGAUGGAGAGAGAAAUACCCAGUGGCUUGUCACAUCGUACUGCUUGAAAGAGGGAGAGGUGGCAAAGAUCGACUUGCUUGCUGAGAAGCUGUGUUACCAGCCUCAAGUUGACUUGGCUUUUCCCUGUGAGCCAGAGAACUUUAUUUCUGACGGACGACUGAGCUGUUUCCUUCCACUUCCAAACAAUGAGCCAAACAGGACAGGGCUGCCAGUUCAUACCAAUGCAUGUUUUGGCCUGACUGAUAACCGGCGCCAUAUUAAAUGGCAAGAUGAGGACCAGAAGAAUGAUGAAGCAGCUCAAUGGAAUGAACUUCUGAUGACUGACGUUCUUCCUCACACAUACUUGAAGAUGAUUCUUGAUUCCAUCCAGUGCUGCAGAAACUCCGUCCUUCCUGCAACAUCAGUGUACCAGUUGUGGCCAGACAUAAUCCAAAUGCAGCAUAAGGAGAAAUGGCACGGAAUAGCAAGGGAUAUUGUAGAACGUCUACUAAAUAACAACGCCGUGUUCUCUCUGGCUAAAGAUGAGAAAAUCUGGGUGACCCCAUCAGAUGCUGUAUUUCCAGAUGAUGAUAUUGAGGAGCCCGUCUUAUCUGCAGUGGCCAAACUUUUGAUUACAGAGAAUGAAAAUCUUAUCGAUGUUCCAAAGCAUGUGUUGAAUGACCUGAAACGGGUCAUUCCUGAGCGGGACACUUUACAGUGGAUCACCCCACAUUUUAUCAGAGAUGUUAUUCACAGAGGUAGAUUAGAGGAGGUCUCACACAAUGAAAAACUGUCCCUUCUGGAGUAUGUCCUCAGUGAUGAGAAUUUCCAGGAGCUUGAAGGUCUUCAGCUUCUACCACUUGACAAUGGGACGUUCGAAAAGUUCACAGGCAGCGACGAAUCCACUGUUUUGAUUGACAACAAAGAAUUUCCGAGAGAAUUGCUACCAUUUUGUAAAGCAGCGUUUAUAUCUCAAGAACUGAGCCUCAACAGCCUUUGUCACUUGAAAAAUAUAGCCACAAAAGAAACAUUCAACAUCAUCAACCUGGAUGCACAAAAUGUGGCUGAUUUAACCAAGAAACAUUUACCACAUGAAUGGAAAAAUGGACUUGACCCUGUGUUGUGGGAUAGAGGUAAUCCAGAACAUCCUCCAAGGGGGUGGUUGAUAGAGUUUUGGAAAUAUUUGAGUUCCAACUGGGAGGAAUUAGGCUACUUUGUUAACCUGCCAUUAUUACCUGUGGAAUCAUCUGGAAAUGAUUCUAAAUCUGUAUUGUUGGCAAAGCUACAGAAAAAAACUACCCUAGUGUUUCAGCAAAGCAAACACAGCAGCCUAUCUGAACACAUUCAGAACGUAGUAAAGAAAGUUGGGGGCACUCUUAUAAAACAGGAGCAGUACCUCAAACACCACGACAUCGAAGCCUUUGCUCUUCCACCAUCACCUAAAAGCCUGCUGAAGGUCUUCUUAAACCUGAGCAUCGAUCAAGUUAUCAGAGGAAUCCACUCUGCAUCUUGCACUGAAAAAGAGGAAAUCAAGUCCUUCCUCUCUUCUGUGGAUUCUCUUUCAGAUGAAGAGCAAAACAUUGUCUCUAAGAUGCCUCUGUUCCAGUUGAUGACUGGCGAGUAUGUAUGUGGUAAAUCAAAGCAUGCAGUGGUUUUGAACUCCUCACCAGCCAUUCCCUCUGACCUUCCCAUUCCUAAUUCUGUGGUCCAGUGUGCUAGUGAAGCAGAUCGCAGACUUUUAGCAACCCUCAAGGUUGAACUUUUGGACACAGCACAGCUGGCCCUUCAUUUAGUGAAAUGCAUUGAGGCAUGUUCUUUUAAUCAGCAGAAUGAAAAGAAAACAAUGAUCUGGAUAUUACAACAUGGCUGUGCCCUCUUCUCUCAAAAUGUGAUGUUAUACAACAAAUGCAAAGAUCUGACCUUCAUUGAAAUUGAAGGACAAUGCCAGAAAGCCAAAGCUUCAAGUGUUUUUGAUCCGAACAACCACACCUUCAAAAAACUCUUUGAGCCAAAUUUCUUUCCUUCUGCCGACUAUGCAAUGACUCAACAGAUGCUCCAGAGCUUACGCCAACUUGGACUGCAGUCAGAAGAGAAGGAUAUAUCACCUGACAAUGUGCUGGAUGUUGUCAGAAGUCUUGAAAAGUCUUGUGGACAUUCUGAGGAAAAAACAUGGAAGAAAGCAGAUGUUCUUCUCCGAGUGCUGAAUGACAAUGAUAUAAUUUCUAAAUUCUCUCCAAGCCAACUGGAGCAAUUGCAAAAGAUGCAGUGGUUUCCUUGUGAGAAUCCAUACGCUGUGACCAAAGAAGUCAAGAAGAAACGUGAAAACAGACAUUUUUAUAAACCAUGUGAAAUUAGACAUUCAAUGUACUAUACUGUUGUUGGCCAUGUUAUGCCACUUGUUGCUGAGCUAAAUGAGAAAGUCUGCAAACAACUGGGACUAUUGAAUUCACCACCAGCUGAGAAAGUCAUGGAGAAUCUAUCGGUACUAAACUCAAUGUCACAAACUACACCUGAUCUUGACAAAGAUGUAAAAUUCAAAACGAAGUUGCAUGACACAUACAAAUUCAUGCAGGACCAUAUUGGGCUUUUUAGGGAGGUAUUGAAGAAAAAAUCUGUGCCUUGGCUCUGGAUUGACAACCGCUUUGUAUCACCUUGUGAUGUGGUUUUGGCAUAUCCCCCUGAAUUAGAUCUGAGUUCUUACAUUGACAGGGUCCCAGAGGAGUACCUGCCGUUUGACGUCUUACUGAGAGAGUCCGGAGUGAAGUUAGCCCUUUCAGAAGAUGAGAUUGAGAAAAUACUUAAUGAUGUCAAACAAAGAAUUGAUCAAAGAAAUCCUCCCUUUGGAAAACCCACUGAGCUGAGGUUGUCCAUAAAUAUCCUGAAUUGGUUGCGCAAAGAGAAUAAACCUGCCAGGGAUGAUACUCCAGUACCAGUAAUGGCUGAAAACCAAACAUUCACUUUGCAGCCUGCCUCUAAGACUUUGUUCUGUGAUAUAAGUAAAGAGGGUUUAACAGACUUGAAAGAAGACCAAGAAGAUUUUUAUGUCAUUCAUGAAGAGGUACUUCCUGUGACAGCAGAGUGGCUGAAUAUCCCCCUCCUCAGCACACGUAUUCUAAACCCAGAGUUCAUUGGAAUAGAGCAGUGUGGUCAGACAGAGCCCAUAACUCAGAGAAUUAAAAACAUCCUGAAGGAGUAUGAUGAGGACAGUGACAUUUUCAAAGAGCUCCUACAAAAUGCUGAGGAUGCUGGUGCUAGAACUUGCAGAUUCAUGGUUGAUUUCAGGAAACACAAAGACUCCCCUGACAGUGUCAUUGACAGUGGUAUGUCCCUGUGUAAUGGCCCUUGCCUUUGGACAUUCAAUGAUGAACUCUUUUCAGAUGAAGACUGGACCAAUAUCACAAAAGUGGGAUCUGCCUCAAAAGAAAAGAAAGUGGAGAAAAUUGGAAAAUUUGGAAUUGGAUUCAAUGCAGUAUACCAUGUGACUGAUGUUCCUUCAAUACUGAGUGGAGAGAAACUCUUAAUUUUUGAUCCAAAUGUAACACAUUUGAAAAAGUACAUUCAAAAUAAAGGAAAUCCUGGAAUCAAACUGAACGCGUUCCAAAAGAGAAUUUCCCGAAGGUUUCCAGGACAAUUCAAAUCAUAUCAAGGCAUUUUUGACUGUGAUUUCUCUGAGAAAAACACUCAAAAAUUCUACAAGGGCACAUUAAUGAAGUUGCCCUUUCGCAGUCCAGAGGAAGCAAAGAUUUCAGAAAUCAGUACAAAGGUGUAUGACACGGAUCGUAUUGUGGCUUUUCAGCAACAUCUGACUCAUAAAUCUCAAACUCAUCUGCUUUUUCUGAGAAAUGUAGAGGAUCUCUCUCUUCGGACUUUGCCAGAGAAUGCCACCACUCCUCCAACAAAUGAACAAAUGGAGACUCUUGUUCAGAUCACAAGAAAGGUUGUGGACACAGUUCCAAUAUCUGGAAGACUGAAAGACAGUCAAAGAAAGUCUGUCAUCUCUUUGAUGCAACAUCAUACCAAGUGUGCAGAUGUAAUUGAUAGUUCUGAAGCAAGUAUCAGUGAAAUAAUUCAAAACAAUGUUGAUGUACAUGCUGUCCAGUACUGGCUUCUUUAUUCUUGUUUCGGCACUCACAGUUCACUAAAAAUGGUCCAAGAACAAAAGGAGCUGAACAUAUUCUCUGUGCCAAUUGGAGGACUAGCUGUGCCUUUGCAAAAAGAACCUCAGACUGGGAAAUGGGCAGUCAAGAAGAGCAGCUUAGUUGGACAAGCAUUCAGUUUUCUGCCUCUAUCAAUCCAAACUGGUCUUCCUGUUAAUAUCAAUGGUUCGUUUGCUGUUAUGUCAAACCGUAAAAGUCUAUGGGAGACUGGAGUGAAGGCAGAAUGGAACAAAGCCCUACUGAAGGAUGCUGUAGCAAAUGCCUACAUUACUACCCUACUCAUCUUGAAAGAAUUAUCAGAAAAUGGAAGCCUUUCAGAUUAUCCUUAUUACACAUUCUGGCCCGAUGGCGAGAAAGUAGGCAACGCAUUUAAACCAUUAGUUGAUGCCUUCUACUCAGCAAUUGUGCAUGGAUUUUGUAGUGAAGAUCUUGAGCUCUUCGGUGAUGGGAAACAGUGGUACUCACUUAAUUCUGUGAGGUUUUUGGACCCAGCCAUAGCAGAACACAAGGAAGUUGGAGAACUUGCAGAGAAGAUUUUUCAGAGCCAUCACAGCCAUGCUGUCCCACUUCCUUCAUGGGUAAGAAAAAGCAUGAUAAAGAGUGGCUUCAAAGACAUUGUCACGGACAGAACACUCAGCUGGACAGAUUUUUUCCGGGAUGUGGUGUUUAGAAAUUUAGACACCCUGGAAUCCCAAGACAGGAAGGCUAUGAUUCUCUGUGCAAUUGACCUCUGUAAUGAUGAAGUGGAUGAACUACUGAAAGUGCAUCGCUGCAUUCCAUCACAGAGUAGUGAACUCCGAUACAUCAGGACAUUGGUGAAUCCAUCAGGGAAAGUGGCUUGUCUGUAUGACCGGGAGGAAGGAAGGUUUAUUGAUGAUACCAGAGAUGACUUCUGCUCCCCAAAAAGGAUGCAUAGGCUGAUAGGCUUAGGAAUGCUAAGUGAUCAUUUGCCCUUAGAGGACGUGGCAGAAAGAGCAGGCACCAUCUUAAAGGUCUGGGAAACAGAUAGAACUAAAGCCAUGAAGCGUCUUGAAUGCUUGUUUGAACUGAUGCAUGAGUUGUCAGUUGACCAAAAAUCUCAUUACUGGCAUGCCCUUCAAAACACACCAUUCAUCCCUGCAUGUCCACGAGUAAAUACACAGCCAAACAAUGAUAUGAUUCCAAUGUUGAAAAAGCCAUGCCAGGUUUAUAACUUCUCUUGCCAUUAUUUGGUGAACAUGACUGAAUUCACAGUUGACCAUAAACACCUUAAGAUCCGCGAAGAUAACGUUGUCCUUGACAAACUGGGUGUGCGCAAAACACCACAACUUUACACAGUGCUAAGACAACUGGAGGAAGCAUCUAAAUGUGAUGUUCAUGAUCAGGUUCUAUUAGGCAAAAUAGUGUAUAAGAGCUAUGAAUACUUGAACAAAUUGCUAAUUGAUGAAGAUCCAACCCAAUCCAACCCAACCGUCAUUGCAGAUUUUGCUAAAUCAUUCCCCUUUAUCUUUGUGGACAACACAUUUGUACAUGUGAAAUCAGUGGCAAAAUGUCAAGAGUUUGAAGCCAAACCAUAUCUCUGUGUCCUACCAAGUGUGUUUUCCAAGUUUCACGAUCUUUGGGAAUGUGUUGGUUUACAACAACAAUUUACCCCUCAACAAUUCUCUGCCGUUUUACACGAGAUGGAAAGUAAAUACGGGCCCAAUCCUCUUUCCGACUUUGAUCUAAAUAUCUGUCUGGACAUACUGAGAAAAGGACUCCUUAAGUCUGAAGAUGCAAUUUCACAGAACUAUCUUGUUCCUGAUGAAAACUCUAUACUGAGACCCAGCUCUGAUCUUCAUUACAAUGACAGCCCAUGGAUGCCAGUGUCGGCGGGUGUUACUUUGUGUCACAGACUAAUAGCAAGGGAAGCUGCACGUCAUUUUGGUGUUAGGACAACAAGACACCGCACACUAGAAGAUAGUGAAGUUCAUGGCUUUUCACCUUAUGCAAAAGAAUUUGGACAACAGGAAAAACUAACAGUCCGAAUAAAAAACAUCAUAGAAGCAUAUCCUUCCAAAAAGGACAUCAUCAAAGAGCUCGUUCAGAACGCAGAUGAUGCAGAAGCCACUGAAAUACACUUCAUUUUGGAUACGAGAAAACAUGGCACUAAGAAAACAUUUGGGAAGAAAUGGGAUUCUCUUCAAGGUCCAGCUCUUUGUGUGUACAACAACAAGGUGUUUACUGAUGCAGACUUGCAAGGUAUUCAGAAGCUUGGGGAAGGUGGGAAACACGGACAGUGUGGAAAAACAGGAAAAUACGGUCUUGGAUUCAAUUCUGUUUAUCAUCUCACAGAUUGUCCUGCCAUUUUAACAGGAGACAAGCUUUGCAUAUCUGAUCCACACAUGGAAUAUUUAGAGAUGGCAUCAAAAGAGAAAUCAGGAUGCAUGUACACAUUGAAAGAUCAAUUUAAGAUGUCAUUCAUGGAUGUCUAUCAGACAUUUCUGCCAUCAGAAUUCAACCUUGAAUCUGGAACUAUGUUUAGGCUUCCUCUCCGAACAGUGGAAAUGGCAGCUAAGUCUGAAAUAUGCAAAGCAGAUGUCAGACUCCAGGACAUGGAUGAACUGAUGCAAGUUCUUGCUGAAGACUCAGAUGGUUUGAUCCUCUUCCUGAAACAUGUCAAGAAAAUACAGUUCCAUACAAUCAGCCCUGACUCAGACAAACUACAUACUAAAUAUUUGAUUGAAAAGCAACUAUCAGAAGAAAGCAGCAUUAAGAGAGCAAACUUCCAAGAUCAAGUUCAAGGUUCCCUGGUCCCAUGCAAGGUCAUUUAUAACAUGCAUAUCUCCUUAUCGGAUUCAAAAGGCAAAAGGAAAAAUAGUCAAUGGGUCGUUGCAGAACAGUUUGGCUCCUUUAGACCCACUUCUGGUCAAAUUAAUGAGUCAGAUGUUUCCCAGACAGCACAGGCAGCUGUGGCAGCUUGUAUUGGAGCAAAGUCCUUUGGCUUCACUGGAAGGCCAUUUGAGUCCAACUUAAAUGGAAGACUAUUCUGCUCCCUCCCUCUGCCUGGGGAAACCGGUCUGCCAGUUCAUGUCAACGGGAAUUUUGAGGUUGACUCUUCUAGAAGGGACCUAUGGAAAGAGGAUGCAGUGAGUCCUAAGACUAAGUGGAACGAGUCACUCAAGCUGGACGUUAUUUCACCCCUGUAUGCAGAUCUUUUAAAGCACAUACAAAUGACCAUUAAAACAGGAACCCCUCUGAGUUUAUUGAGUUUAGAAUCACAGUUAUAUUUCUCAUAUCUGAAAUACUUCCCAUCUGUCUCAAAAGACGUUAAGCAAGAAUGGCAUGCAAUGAUCAAUCAUGUAUACAGAUCUAUACAUGAAAGAGAUCUCUCUGUGAUACCUGUUUUACAUACUUCCCAUCAGGAGGUGGCAGAGAAAAAGCCUUCAUUUAGCCAUCAUUUAGCAUUAUAUUCAAGUAAACAAUACACAGUCAACUGGUCAAAUGUUCUCAAGCACAAUCCUAUGGAUUCUCCUCAUUUUAGUCGCGAGUUGCAAACAGGUCUUUUUGAAAUUUUAGAAAACGUUGGAAUGAGUGUUGCUCCUUGGUCUCAGAAGAUGGAGAAAAUAUCUACAGGUUUUAAAACUGCAGGUGUGGAAGUGAUGAUGCUGUGCCCUAAAACAGUGCGGGAGUACUUGAAGGAAAAACCCCUUAAUGAUGCCACAAAAACAUUGGCAGCCUUACCCUUACCUGUUGAUCAGACGCUCAUUAAAGACAGUAGGCAAUGUAACUUACUCCUUAAGUUCUGUAUGGAAGACGUUAAUGAGAACAACAUUAACUCUAUUAAUGGACUUCCUCUUCUCCUUACUCAAGAUCAGACCCUAAGGGUUUUUGACUCAGGUUCUCCAAGGCAGUAUUCUAGAUUUUGGGAUAUAUUUGAGGGACAAAAAGCAGUCUUUGCAGAUCAUGACAUGAUCUUCAUUUACAGUGAUAUACUUCAAAAGGGUGGUUAUCUUCAGAAAUUGACAAUACCUGUGGCAUCAAAAUACUUGAUACCUAUACUGAAUGACGUUCAAAAUGAAGACAAACCCCCUGCCUGGCUAAAGCGCCUGUGGGAUUUUUUUGAGGAACAAAUCAACCAAGAGGCUGGAGAAUCAAGUAAUACUUUCAAUGAGAUCAAGAAAGCAUUCUUUGACUCUCCUGUUCUUCCAGUCAUCAGCCCAAGCCAAAAUAACAAACAUUUUCUGAAAACAAUGAGGGAUCUUUCAAGCGUUCUUAAGGAAUCAAAUGAGAAAAUGUCAUCUAUCUUAGUCAAAUUAGGUCUUGUGACAUUGAACUGCUCAUUUUUUAUCAAAAAAGUUUCAAAGAGUUUUAAUGAAGUGCUUUUUAAGCAUUUGAUACCUGAGCUCCUCAAGACGGAUAACAGCAAUGCUGUUUUGGAACAGGUUUUCCAGAUUCCACAUUCAAAAUUCAAGAUGUCCGAUGCAGACUUAGAUUAUCUUCAGGAUUUCUUUCAAACUGGAAUUUGCACUUCCAAAACUUCAGAGGAAUAUCAGAGAAGGUUCAAGUCAUUACCACUGUUUCAGACAGUGCAGGGUGUGCGGAAGAGCAUUGAGGGACAGAACAACAUGUUCAUCCUGAACACAGAGUGCAUUACAAAAUUUCCAGAUUUGUUUAACAUUGAUAUAGAAGGGCAUGUUUUUCUGAAGUACAACAUGGUCAAUGAACGGCUGUCCGAGGAAAUUAACAUAAACAUUUUAACGGAUCUAGACUUCUAUGUGAAGUUCCUACUGCCCUUAUUACACACAUUUACAGAACCACAAGUUCUUGACUCUGUUCGCCUGCUGUUGGUCUUAAAGUCCAACCAAAAAUAUGAGACGUACAAGGAUCAGAUUGUGGCCAAACUAUCAAGUGUCAGGUUCAUCAGAGACAUCUAUGGUACUCUUCAGUUCCCGUCUUACUUUUUUGAUGAGAAACAACCUCUCUACAAGAUAAUGCUCCCUAAAGAGAAAUUUGUACCACCAAAGUUCUGGAGACUAUUUCACCAAGACUCAGGGGUUGUGAGGAGGCUGCUGAUUGAACUUGGAAUGAAACAUACUGUCUCAGAUAUUGAGAUAAUAGAGUUUGCAAAAACAAUUGAGUCAGAAGUACAUGGCGAGACCUCAGUUCAAGAGCUCAGGACGAAGUCUUCAGCAUUAUUCAGUGAAGCUCUGAUAUUCAAUGACACUAAAAAGAAAUCUAACUUGUUGAAUAGGAUUGCAACCAUCAUGUUUAUUUUUCCUUUGCAAAUUCAGGAAGAACUGUGUGAUUACCAACAUCCCUUUGCUGGUGAAAGAGAUGCGAUUGCAAUCAAAGGGUCUUUGAUUGAAACAAACCCUGAUCAUCAGUACCUCAUUUGGUCUUCCAUGCCAAUACUGCCCACAGACGGAUUUUCUCAAUAUUACCAUGCAGAUUUGGUUAAAGCAGGAGCUUUUCAGAAGCCACCCUGUGAUUUAGUGGCCCAAAAUCUGAAAAACAUCUGUCAAUCAGAAUGUGACAUUCAUAUGAGAGACCUCAGAAAAAAAGUAUUUUGCGAAUCAUAUGCAUACUUACAAUCACUGGAUUUCAGCGGGUCUCAGCUUCAAGAUCAGCCAGUGGUUCUUGUUGAAAAUGAUACCAUUCUUGUGCAAGCCUCUCAAGCAGUGCUUCUUCUUGAUGACUACGAAGAGUUCAGGCCAUAUCUGUAUAAAGUCAGUCCACAGCAUGCAAUCUACGCGGAGUUCUUUAAAGGGAUCGGUGUAGAGGAAAGGCCAACAAUUAGGCAGUAUUGCAUAGUCCUCAAGGAUAUUUACAUGGACUCUGAAGGGAAAAAAACUCUCAAUCCAAAUCAGCAGUUGACGUUCAAACGUGCUGUCCAGCACCUCUUCCAACUGAUAAAAACACAAUCAGAACAAAUACAAUUCCAGGAGAAUUUGUAUUUACCAUCAGCAGAUGGCAGACUGCACAAGUCUAAAGAGCUCUACUUCAAUGAUACAGUCUUUCAGACAAAAAGAUUGGAGGACUCACUAAAAGACAAGCUCAGCCUUCUAAUGAACCUGGGGCAUUGUGAUCUAGGUGAAGACAUCUUUGAACAUCAGAAGAUGCUGUUGUUGCUGCCUGAGGACAGUCGACCCACAAUGUUGUCUCAUGUCACCUCUGAAAGCCUUGUGGGUUGUAGUGUGAAACUAUGUCAAUAUAAAAACAACUGUGAGUUCAGUGGUUGGUUUGAGAGACAUUUAAACUCCAGACCAUUUUUGUAUGGUAUCACAAGUUUGAUUAGAGAACAAAGUAAAGGCACCAUCUCUUGUACUGAUGCUGUUGAACUAUGUAAAAAUACCUUCGGAAAACUUCAAAUUGUAUGCUGCGAAAUCCUUGAGACAGAGCUCUUCUUAGAUCAAGAUCCACUUGUCAAUACCACUUCGGAAACACAAGUGUAUGUUAAAAAAGAGACACAGGGUUGCACCUUCUACCUGAAGCACAGUGGAGAUAUGGACUUUAAGAUAAUGCAGGAGGUGGUCAUUAGAUUAACCAAAGAAAUUAAUUCACUGCUGCAGAAUACCCUCAGCCCAGAUCACCUUUUCGCUUUGGGCCAGCUUCUGUCAUGUGAUACCCAGGAGGAGGUUGAGAAGACACUGGAAAAGUAUGAAAUCCGUAACAGUGCCAGCAGAAAAGAAGAUCUUCAUCAUCCAGACCCUGGAAGUCUAAUACCUGAGGAAUGGUAUGAUGCCCUUGACAUGAGCUUCAUGAACAAUUAUGAAAAAGGUGAAUAUGUAGGUUUCAAACAGACAUCAGAGAAUGAACAUUAUUACUAUGCAGUGGUUCUCGAACGAUUAGAUGCAGCAAGUGAAACAGGUCAAUAUUGUUGUAGAUACAAAAUACAGAUCGGCAAAGAUAAAUUUCAUGAAGUGAGCUCCCUUGAUCUUUAUCAGUUUAAACGAGAAAAAACAUCUGCCCCUGGCCAAAGUUUUUGUUGGGAAGUAACAUUGGUGGAUGAUCCUGAGCCAUCACCUAAGGAGGACUUCCCUAAGACCUUUGAAGAAAUCAAAAGGGAAAUUGAUAAGUGCCUGAAAAAAAUCUGGACCAUGUCCAAAGAGGACCAACAAAAAGCCAUCAAACGCCUGUUUCUCAGGUGGCAUCCAGACAAAAACCCAGGGCAGGAGGAGCUUGCUACUGAGGCAUUCAAGUACUUAAAAAACAAAAUUGAGGAAUAUGAACAAAAUGGACAGACAGGGACAGGACCUUCUAGUCGGUCAUGGAAUUUCAAAGACUUCUACUCUGAGUGGAAUUCUGAAGCAUCACGUCACCGUCAAGGGAGAAAGAGAUUCUACCGCAACACUCACAGAUCCCAGUAUAAUUUUUGGUCAUUCCACCAGGAAAUGCCAAGACCAGACAAAGAGGAAGCCAAGCGCUGGUAUUUGCAAGCCCAGUGUGACCUUAAUGCUGCUCACCAUGACUCAGAGAGUGGAAGAACUGAGUGGUGUUUGUUCAAGGUUCAUCAGGCUGUGGAGAAGGCUCUGAUGGCAGCAGAGUACAGAAGAAGCGGAAAACACUCUCCCAAUUGCUCCAUCGUUGUUCUUGCUCGGAAAGUGUCAGGCUACAGCCCAGAUUUAAGCGCUUUGUCAGAACUUGUGGGUCGAUUAAAACACUUGGGUGUGGAUGGCAAAACAACUCAGUAUCCCAACUACCACCCUCCCCCUAAGAUUCCUAACAAUGCAUUCCAGCCUGAAAAUGAGAAGGAAGCUCUAGAUGUUGCACAUGAACUUCUGCAGAAAGUGGACUUGUAUGUAACAUACUAAUUAAAAAGUAUGAUCUUUUUGUAA